AGAAUGCAACACCAACAGCAACGUCGAAUGUUCACAGCUGCCCUCCUGGCACUUGUUUUCAUUCUGGCAGCUGUGAGUACCACCGAGGCUGGCAAAAAAGAGAAACCAGAGAAAAAGGCGAAGAAGUCUGACUGUGGGGAAUGGCAGUGGAGUGUCUGUGUGCCCACCAGUGGUGACUGUGGCCUGGGGACACGCGAGGGCACUCGCACUGGAGCUGAGUGCAAACAAACCACCAAGACUCAGAAGUGUAAGAUUCCCUGCAACUGGAAGAAGCAAUUUGGAGCGGAAUGCAAAUACCAGUUCCAGGCCUGGGGAGAAUGUGACUUGAAUACUGCCUUGAAGACUCGAACCGGGAACCUAAAGAGAGCCCUUCAUAAUGCUGACUGCCAGAAGACUGUUACAAUCUCAAAGCCUUGUGGCAAGCUUACCAAACCCAAACCUCAAGAAUCCAAGAAGAAGAAAAAGGAAGGCAAGAAACAAGAGAAGAUGCUGGAUUAAUGGAGCCAACUUGGGCAAUGUGAGAAAGGGACAUCAGCAAACAUGAUCAGUUAACAAUUUCAUUUAUACCUAGGCAUUUUAUCCUGAAAUUAUUUAUAGCUUAAUGGUACCAUAGAAGGAAAUAAGCAAAUACA